AUGAUGUCAUCCAAGUCAACCAACCACUCCACAGUGUAUGAAACCACACUCAGUCCUUACCCACCAAGCAACUCGAUGGCUCCUGGGUCUCAACAGCCUCUGAGUUUCAACCACCUGGGAAACCAAGCUCCGAGUAGUCAGCCUCCCUUUAUCACUUCCCCUGGAAUCGUCACUAACAGUCAGCAGAGUCAAGGAAAUAUACAAAUGGUAAACCCAAUUAUCGGAACAAGAGCCACGAACUUUAAAGAAGAAGCAAAGACAAUUGGGGCAAUCCAGAUCAUAAUUGGAUCGAUGCACAUUGGCUUCGGAAUUAUUUUGGGUCUAAUGAACGUCACUUACAGAAAUGUUUUGGGUUUUGCUUCCCUUUCCUUUAUUAGCGGAUAUCCAUUCUGGGGCGGCCUCUCUUUCAUUAUUACUGGAGCUCUCUGCAUAUCAGCAUGCAAGCAGCUUUCCCCUUCCCUGAUAAAAAGCAGCCUGGGAAUGAAUAUUGUCAGUUCUGUCUUUGUCUUCAUUGGGUUGAUUCUGUUGCUGGUGGAUGUGAGCAUCAAUGGGCAACCUAAUCAAGACUACUGGGCGGUGCUUGCUGGGAAAGGGAUUUCAGCCAUGCUGAUCAUCUUCUCCAUCUUGGAGUUCUGCCUAACUUGUACCACAGCCUAUUAUGCCAGCCAAGCAAUCAUCAACACCAAUGGGGCUGUCCUGGUUGUUCCAAAUGUGUAUACAAACAGCCCCUUGACCACAGGCUUGCCCUCGGUUCCUCCCAGAAAUUAUGGCCACCUAGUGCUCACCCCACCUACCACCACUGGGAAAAGGUCUGGAGGAAGCUGUGAGCUCAGGUAUCUGAAGCAGAAGCUGAAACACUGGGACGUGGCGCCCGGUUCCCAGCCUGACUUCCGGGACGGGUCUGACCCCUUUGGAGAAAGAGGUACUCUCAUUUGUGCAUGGACUGUAGUCAGGCUCCUGCUCCGUAAGGAGGACGGAAGGAAAUGCAAGGCUGCUGAAACACCCCUGGGGGGCUCGGAGCUUAGGGACUGCUGGGAGACCGCACCUGGGGCCAAGCAGCCUUCGUCCAGAAAAGCAGCUGCCAAGAUUGAGAAGGCUGAGAUGCAGAUGGAAAGUGGGGGCCCCACACACGGUGCCGAGGCUCAGCAGAGGUCUGCUGUGCUAGAGGACAAUGUGAAAACUCCUUGA